AGUAAACCCUAAUUUCCCAAAAUCGCAAAGACCAGAGAGACACUAUGAAUCUUCCAUCGUCAACGACGGCGACGUCAACCUCCGCGACUUCCGAUGCAGCGGCGAAUUCCACCGAAAGAUGCGAUGAUUGCGGAAGCUCAGACGCCUGGGUGAUACACACAGUACGUCUCCGUGCAUCUCUCCGCUUCUUCUGCACUCAUUGUCUCCUCCGCAACCAUCCGGCGUCGUUUUGUCCCGGUUGCUUCGCCUUGUACGAUUCAUCUCCGCCGUCUUUUCGCCGCGUCUCUUGUUCCAUUAAAGGGUGCCACUCCUUGACUCACAUUCACUGUGCCGGCGAUGAAAGUCACCUUUCUUAUCUCUGUCCUCCUUGCCGAGACCCUAAUUCCUUCUCCUUCUUCCGCCCUAUCGUCGACGAAAACGGCUCUCGCUUCGUCGAUAAAGCACUCUCCGAAGCUUUCUUAUGCGCUGCUAAGAUCGCUGCUUCUUCAAUGAACAAAGCUGUUAUGACCGCUAAGUGUGAAACUGACCGGAGAGGAAAAGAAGCUGCUUUGGCGAAGAAGAGAGCUCGCGAGGCUCUUGAGCAGGUUGUCAUGCUUGAUGCCAAGGAGAAGGCAAGAUCGGUUGUUCCUAAGCUUAAAGAAGCUCCCGUUGAUCAGAAACCAAAACUGAGUCCUGCAUCAAAUGGUGCUACUGUGAAAGAAACAGAGAGCUCUGAUACUACUACUACUCCUACGACGACUACGACUAAGAACAAUGGAGGUACAGAGAAACAGAAUCCGGCAACACAAUUGGCUAAAGUUAAGCAAGAAGCUGAUGCGUCUAGGUGAAAUCAAUGUUUAAAGUUUCAGGUACCACAACUUCAAGCAUUUCGGCUUCUGAUGAAAGAAACUGAUUCUGAUUCGAUCUCAAUGUAGAUUGUAAGUUAUCCUUUUUUGGUUUGUUCAUGUUUUUCGAUCGUUUACUAUGUGUAGGAAUCUUUGGAACUGUGAAGUGUUUUUUUAAAAUAAAUCAUAUGUUUCUGUGUCUUUACAAAAGCCACACUGUGUAACAUAGCCUGGUGAUGGUUUUAGUUACCGGUGAUCGUCCAAGUUGUGAUGUGAUUCUUGUUCAUAAUAGAGAUUGAAAAUGUUAUUUCCUCUGUCAAUUUAACUAAUUAAAAU